AUGUCGUCGGGCUUCGUCUCCGGCGGGACCAACGACCAGCCCAUUGAGCGCGACGCCGAGUGGCUCCAGGCCCAGCAGGAGCUCGAGGCCCAGCGCCGCCGCAAGGAAGACGAGGGCAAGCAGAACGACGGCAAGAGUCUGUACGAAGUGCUGCAAGCAAACAAGGCAAAGAAGCAGGAGGCUUUCGAAGAGUCCAUCAAGCUCAAGAACCAGUUCCGCGCCCUGGACGAAGAUGAGGCCGAGUUCCUCGACUCUGUGCUGGAGUCCACGCGCGCCAAGGAGGCCGCGCUGAAGAAGGAGACCACCCAGCAGCUCGACGCUUUUCGCAGGCAUCAAGAAGAGGCCGAGCGCGCCGCCCGUCUCACCGGCACCAAGGAAGAAGACCAGCCCGUCGAAGAAGAGCACUGGGUCUCGACCGGAAGGAAACGAAAGAAGGCCAAAGACAAGGAGUCGCUCAUGGGAAUCAAGAUCCGCCGGACCUCGUCCGCUGGCGACAAAGGCACCUCCGAUGCAAUCUCCAAGGCCAAUAGCGAUCCUGCAGAGAAGCAAAAGGAGACUGCCGCUGCGUCCGGUGCCCCCAAGGAAGAAGGUGCAGCGAAAAAUACUCCCGAGACACCUCAUGCGGGUUCCGAGAAGGGUAGUGCAGUGAUUGGCUCAACUGUACAGAAAGAAGCUCAGGCGCAAAAACCUAAACCAACGCCCGCCGCCCUUGGCCUCAGCGGCUAUUCAUCCGACGAAGAUGACUAA